AUGGACGUCUCCGCGGCCAAGGACCUCGACGAGACGGAGCUGCGGGGCAUCGCGCUGAAGAUCGACCGGGCGCUGGCGCGCGAGUUCCGGCGGCGCGGCGUCCACAGCAGCAUCGCGGGCAACUUCAAGCGCAUGUUCAAGGAGAUCGACGUCGACGGGUCGAACCGCAUCACGCUCAAGGAGCUCGACGAGGCCGUGCGCAUCCGCCUGGGCCUCGGCGAGGAGCUCAUCUCGCGCGGCGAGCUCCUGUCGCUCUGGAAGUACGUCGACGAGGACCGGAGCGGCGAGCUGACGCCCGACGAGUUCCAGAGCGCGCUCUACCUCUUCAAGAUCAGCACCUGGCCCGACUACAGCCACGUCGAGCACCAGCGCGCGCUAAGCGCGUGCCUCGCGACGAUGAACGGCGCGGCCGACAAGUGGCACAAGGCGGGCGGCAACUGGUUCAAGAUCUUCCGGCGCAUGGACACGGACGAGAGCGGGUCCAUGGGCUUCGAGGAGAUCGAGGCCGUCGUGCGCACGUCCUUCCCGGGCCUGAACCUCAAGCCCGAGGAGCUCGGCGACGAGGCCGUCCGGGGGCUCUGGAAGGCCCUGGACGUGGACCGGUCCGGGCUCAUCUCCGUGCAGGAGUUCAUGAUCUUCAUGCGGCGCCACGCGAAGCACCACGAGGUGCUCGCCUACGGCGGCGUGCCCGCGGACAAGCUGCGGAGCUCGAAGAUCCGGUCCUUCGACCGGAGCCUCACGCUGAGCCGGAUAGGGGGCAAGCCGUCCCUGCUGCCGCGGACCCCCGACCCGCGGCGCCGCGCGGCGACGGCGGGCUCCCGGCGCGGGAGCCCCCCGGGGUCCGCCGCGAGCCCCCUGCGGCCCCUGACGGCGCCCGCGGCGACGUUCGCGCCCGCGGCGACGGCCGCGGCGCCCGCGCCCGCGGCGGCGCUCGCCGCGCCCGCGGCGGCGCUCGCGUCGCCGGGGCCCGCGUCGCCGGGCCGGUCCCUCGCGGCGCGGAGCGUCGACUCGCCCUACUCCCUCGCCGGGUCCUGGUCCGCGCCGACGAUCUCCGUGAACCACUUCGUCAAACCGACGGCGACGGAGGUCUGCUCGCGCUGCGUCUGCGCGGCGACGGUGCGCUGCGGCUCCUGCCGCGCCUUCUACUGCCAGGACUGCUGCGACAUCGUCCACGUCGGCCCCCGCGCCGAGGCCAAGCCCAUGCGCCUCCGCGCGCACGUCAUCCGGUCCAUCGCCGACGAGCGGUGCAAGCGGUGCUCGUCCGAGCCCGCGACCAUGUUCUGCUGGGACUGCGACGUCAUCGCCUGCGCCAAGUGCGACCUCAUCCUCCACAACCAGCUCCGGCUCUGCGGCCACCGCCGCUGCCCCAUCAUCAACCGCCGCCGGCCGCUCGACGCGAACGCAAAGGCCAAGUGCCUCUCGAAGAACCGCAUCAUGGACGUCCCCUACCGCCCUCGAGGGAUGAUGAUGGCAGCCUUCCUCCUGGCCAUCUCGGGCGCAAUGGCCCUGAGUCCGCCAGUCCACGUGCGCGUGAGCAACCUGCCGUGGACGACGUCGGUCGCGUCCGUGGAGGCGAGCUUGCGGACGGCUUGCGACCGCGUCAACAUCGCGCCGCACGGCAUCGAGGUCAAGGGCGUGGACCGGCGGCGCAAGAGGGACGCGCAGAAGCAGCACGGCGGGUCGGCGCGGCUCUCCUUCGCCGAGGGAGACGACGCGCGCGCGUGCGUGGCCGCCUUGGACGGGCGCGCGGUCGUCGGGGAGGACCGCCAGCGGUGCGUCGUGGAGCCGCCGCGGGCCGAGGCGCCGCGCGAGGCGCCCGCGGUCGACGUCGCCGAGCGGGCGCGGCGCGCGGAGGCGAGGCGGCGCGCGGGCGACCGAAAAAGGGCGCGGCGCCGCGAGCUCGUGGACCGCUUCUCGAGCGUCGCCGAGCCGCGCGUCCUCGCGGCUCCGGCGGUCGACUGGGCGGCGAUGCCCGCGGACGCGGAUCCGGCGCGCGGCGGGCGGCUCCGGGGCGCGCGCGCGGCGCGGAAGCGCCUCGCCGUCGAGGCCUUUGGGGCCGUGCUGCCGGCGCUCCUCGCGGGCUCCGCGCGGCGGCGCUGCGUCGACGUCGGCGCCGGCACGGGGAACCUCGCGGUGCCCCUCGGGCUCUGGGCCCUCGACGAGGUCGUCGCCGUCGACAUCAACGGCGAGACCCUGCGGCUCUUGGAGGCGCGCGCGGGCGCCAACGUCCGCGCUCUCGAAGCGGACGCGGCGGCGCUCACCGUGCGCGACACGGACUGCGUCGUGUCGCUGCACGCGUGCGGCGCCGUCAGCGACCUGGCCAUGGACGCGGCCCUCGACGCUCAAAUUCCGUUCGCCAUCUCCCCCUGUUGCCUAGGGAAGUCGCUCACGGACCGCGCCGUCGUCGGCGGCCGCAUGCCCCGGACGUCGGCGCAGAGGGCCGCGCGGCCGUCGAACGUCGAGUACCCGCGGAGCCGCUGGCUCGCCUCCGAGCUCGAGGACGCCUCCGAGUGGGGGGUCCUCGCCGCCGCCGCGGAUUAUGGGGUGGGUGCGGACGACGACGACGACGUCGCGCGCGUCCAGCGGCGGGCGAAGCGCGUCGUCGAGACGGACCGCCUCGCCUACGCCGCGGAGCGGGGCUACGUCGUCCGCCUCCUCGACCUCCCGGCGGACGACCCGCGCUAUCCGAAGCGCGAGCUCCUCCUCGGCGCGCCGCGCGGCUCGCCAGCGGCCGCGGCCAUCGCGAACCUCCCGACCGCGGCCCCGCGCUACGCCGCUUAG